CUCGGAGGCGGCCACCGGCGAGCAGCCGGCUGCCGGGAGCGCGGGGUUAAGAGCAGCCUGCCCGCGAGCUGGCCGGCCGCCAGGCCGGGAUCUGUCACAAGUUAGCUGGAACCGGCGCGUUCCCACAAGACGCUUUGCGUAAGUCAGCGUUUUCUGCCCAGAACACCUCUCGUGGCAGGAAAAUCCCCCGAGCGCUGGCGCGGGGCUGUUUACUACGCCCCACGAGUGCGAGCUGGGCUCGCGCCGCUGGCCGGGAGGGGAUGUCGAGCCAGGCGUGUGGCUUCCGCUCCCUAUUUCUUCGUGUGCAUCCUAUGCACGAGCCACUUUCAGGCUGGCUGUGCGGACUCAGCUGCUGGGAACUUGCUCUCCAGGAGCAGGAGUGUAUGCAGGACGACUUCUUUCAUUUUGCUGUUCCAGUUUUCUUCUGUUGCAGUUAGUUAAUAUUUUCGGCUUGUGCAUUACCUGGCUCACGGGAAACUCCUGCCACGUUAUGUGCGGCAUCUGAUCCCUGAAGAGAAAGAUUGAACCACUUGCCCUCCUCGUAAAACCCUCCAAAACUCUACGAAAAGCAAAGUUUUGAGCAGAGCAGCUCAGGGAUGGCCGAGGAGAGCAGUACUCCGGAGACAUGCGUGCUCUAAUACACUUAGCAGAGGUCCAGCCUCCUCGUGCAUGCAUCGAAUGAAUGCUUUUCUAGCACCUUCUGCAGCGAAUCUUUGAAGUCCUACCUCCAAAUGGCUCGCCGGUGGCUCUGCGUUUUCGCCGUUAUCCUGGUGCGGGGCUGCUUGGCGUCUUCCUCCCACCACACGUCAGUUGCUCCCCCACAAGAUCUGCAGAUCACCGAUCCUGGGCUUUUGGGGUCCCUCGACGUAGAGUGGAAGCCCCCGCUCAACGUGCAAACCUUCAACGACUGCACAGUCAAAUACAAGUUUGAAUACCGUAACGCAGGCGACAGGGACUGGAAGGUUAUUUUUACUAGGAAAUUAAAAUUGAGAGUUGGCUUUGACCUCAGCAGGACUGCUGAAGCGAAGGUACAGACACUGCUCGAAGGCCCAUGUACCGAUGACGUGGAGGUUCAAAGCGAAUGGAUCCACGGCACCUUCCAGGUCCCGCUGCAAGGCAAACUGGAAUCAGAAGUUAAGGAUUUUCACUGCAUCUACCACGACUGGGAAUACCUCAAGUGCACGUGGCAGCCUGGGCUCCUCGCGCCCCGUGGGGCGCAUUACGGACUGUAUUAUUGGUACGAGGGCCUGGACCACGCUGAGCAAUGUGAUGACUAUAUUCAGGAUCGUGGUGUAAACAUCGGCUGCACAUUGCAAAAUCUGAGCCAGGCAGAAUACAAGGACCUGACCAUUUGCGUCAACGGUUCGGCGGCAGCCACACUGCUGAGACCUCUGUACGUCACCGUUCGCCUCCAAAACCUAGCAAAGCCGUCGCCCCCGGAGGGGCUGGUGGUGUCCGUGUCCGGCUCCGAGGAGCUGCGGGUGGCGUGGAGCCCGCCGGGUGGGGAGACGCCGUCCCACUGCCUGGAGUACGAGCUGCAGCUGGCAGAAGACCAGGGGGACGCCAAGGCCGUCUGGGCGUCUGUGUCAACGCAAAUGGAGACUGCCUUCACCAUUCCCAGAGCAAAUCAAAGCCACGUUUCAUGUGUCCGUGUCAGAGGCAGAACAAAUACCUUCUGUGCCGACCAGGGCUUUUGGAGUGAAUGGACGCAAGCGUGUUUCUCUGUGACCAGAAAAGAGGACAAGCAGCUAUUUAUCCUCGUUCCAGUCAUUCUGGGUUUUUCAUGUAGCCUCAUCAUAUUUAUGUUGAUUAGCCAGUGCAAGAAAAGAUCCCCAGCAGGAAAGCCGUUGCCCUCGUCUGUGGGAUGCUAACUCCAACACGACGACUGUACCGCUUGUGUUUGAUGGAUUGCUCUUAGAAGAUCAUCCCAAGGAGAGACAAGGAGCCCUGAGCUAUCAAAAGUCCCUUUGGGCCUUUCCUUGCUGCCAUUUACAAGGUUGGUUGCUGGAUUUCAAGUCCUCGACGGGCCCAAGAAACCUCAGAAGAGUUUCUAAACUGAUUCUGGAGCAAAGUUUCUGAUAACGGGACAAGGCAGGAAAAGGAGGCAGUGGGAUCUGCCAUGAAUAAAGACACCACUCUGCUGCGUGGGUUUUUUUCCGGAGUGUCAGCAGGAGGCACGUUGAAGGGCAAUACCUCACACACAACGCUGCGUACUAAUGCCUGCAGGUAGCCACUGUACCCCACUCUGCUCUCCCCACGUCUUCCUUCCUAGUCCCCAAAUACUCUAUCUGCUGAUAGUAUUUAAAUGCUGCCCUUGAGCUAACUGUAUUUAUUUCACCACCUGAUAUGCCUUAUCUUUUGCAAAGCUGAAGUAGGGAGGCCUCGAGAGAAAGUUUCGCUGUAAAAGGUCGCAGUCACAGCUACUGCAAAGGACAGACGGUUAAAAAGAGAAGCAAAGGGUUACCCUGGCAAAGGCAAGUGUGGGAACUUCUGGUACCUGUGCUCAGUUCCCAGAGAAUCCAGUGAACUACCCCAGAUGUCUCUCAAUGCCAUGUAUUCAGCUAAUGAAACUGCUCACUGGCUUUGAAGGAAUCACUCCCUAUGAUGAUAAACAAACAAAAACCCCAAUCACCACUACAGGUGGUGAACCCCAAAUGGACACUAUCCACCAAGCACAAUUCUGGGUUUGUCUGUUAAAAAAAAUGAACAAACUCAAACCUGGGUGUUUACUGUACUUCCAUUUUCUCUGACCAAGCCAAAGAACAUAUUUUCUUGCAGGAGCAUGUAUUCCCAGAGAGGAAUUUCUAGUGAAUAUGGGAAAUUUAGAAAGAAUAUAAAGUUUGCAGCAAUCAGAUAUGCAAAGAGCCCUGUUAAUACGAUCAGUCAGAAAACAGCACAGCAAGCGAUGUCCAACUGCAAAAUUGUUCAGUCGCUAUCAGCUGCUCCCCUGCUCAAUGGGCAACAACCCAAUGCUAUUUGGGGAGCAACCAAAGCCAGAAAGCACCAGGAAAAUCACCCUGGAGCACAAAUAAAAUAACCUGGUUGUUGUUAUUUUGAGGAGACACAACCUCUGACCAUACCCUUGGCUGCUUCCUGGGGCUCUACAGCUGAAAAUAGCAGCGCGUGUGCAAUGGGCGCUGCAAAUGCCGUGUUUUAGCUCCAUGAAUGCAGCACGCUGGCUGCCAGGGAAGGGAGCUGGCCUGGGCACGGCGCGGCCUGAUCUCACUGAGAGGGCAAAGGGAACCGUGAGCAAGGGGAGGCAGCUGAAACCUUGGAGCACGGCUGAAUUCAGAGCUGAGCUGCCUGGCUGGGCUGAGGCUGUCCUGGUGGUUUUAGGACCUAUGGGACUUGAGCGCAUCCAGAACUGGGGAGCAUUUGGGCUAUGGGUUUUCAGGACUGCCAUCAUGGGCAGUAGUUAUUGCCUAAAUAAUAAUGGUUAAAAUCCAAAAGUGCUAAAGAAAAACCAUUGGAAAGAGGCUUGUUGAGCUUCCCAGCCACUGAGAAUAAGGCCCAGUAUGCCUCUGACCUUCUGCCAGCCCGUUAAACAGUUUAAAUAGCUACUAAAAAUACAUGGUGGCAUUGUGAAACUUGCCCAUUUGAAAUGCAGGGUAAUAAACGAGAGACCACCCUGGUGCAGCGGUAAAUCGGAUGCAAUUUCACCCACCUGGCAGCCAAGGACCCGCAGGCGCAGCUCACACAGGCUCACGGUGCCUCGUCGGCGGGGGGGGGAGCCGGGGUUUUGCGCGGAGGCGAUGCCAGCAGAGGCGGCAACCUUGGCACACACUGCCCACGGGGCGAGUCCUCUGAUCGCAAACCGCUGCACCUGCACGGGCCAAGCACACAAACCCAGGCAGAGAGAGAAACCUCAGUUAAACAGCAGAGCAAAAAGCCCACUCACAGCCCCAAACUCUUGCUCAGCCAAGCGCAGCGCAAGCACGGAGCAGAAAGCCUGCUCCAGGUCCAGAGAAACCCCAGGAAACACCCCAGGAGCAGGCCAGAGGGGAGAAGCGAUGCUGAGACCCCGCUGGAGCUCUCUUAAGGGACUGCUUAAUAAGCCAGGUUAAGGCUUCUAGCCUAAUCUUGUCCAAAAAGAGAUAAGAAGGGAAGAAGAGUUAACGAGAACGGCUAGGUGGCAAAGGAAAGAUGUUGCACCUCCAGAGCUACAACUCGCCCCAGAAAAGAUCAGAGCUAUUUCAGUAACCACAAUAUAUAAAAAUCAGGCUGAGGCAUGCCUAGAAACCUGCCUAGUAACGGAGCGAUAAAUUAAGGACAUCUUAUAUCUGUACGCUGCGGCUUUACGUGUGUGCCUUGGGGAGGAAAGGCAGACUUUGCCCCGGUCCUCCCUGCACAGCAGCGGCAUCUCCACCUGCUUCCUCGCAGCAGCACAUCCCAGUCCUCGUACGCGGCCACCUCUACUUCCUCACAUCCUAAACCUUGUUAGCAUUUCAGUAUUAGGCUCCCCCCCAAAUGUAUAGAAUUAUACUAAUUACGUGUUUCUUUCACGCACUAUUUGCAGCAUAGCAGUCGAAUCCAUUUGCUGUAGUCCAUAAUUAAUAUUUUCAGUAAAGCUCUUUCCAAAGCA